AUGAACAGCGUCGCAUGGACCGGAGCCGGAAUGAUACCCGUGUUCGUCGUCGGGUUGGCGUACCUCCGGUACUCAAUGUAUGACCCCGAGUCACGUGUGGUAGACGUCCAAGAGGUACUGGACGAAUACGAUUUCAUAGUGAUUGGUGCAGGCUCAGCUGGUGCCGUAGUAGCUAACAGGUUGUCGGAAGUGCAAAACUGGACGGUAUUGGUGUUGGAGGCCGGCGGAGACGAGACGGAGAUAUCGGACGUGCCAUCGUUCGUCGGCUACCUUCAACUUUCUGAUAUGGACUGGCAGUACAAGACGGCACCUCCAUCCAGUGACAACCCAUACUGCUUGGCCAUGGUGCACGAUCGGUGCAACUGGCCCCGCGGAAAAGUAUUGGGUGGUUCCAGCGUGCUCAACGCAAUGGUGUACGUGCGAGGAAACCGAAGGGACUACGACCAGUGGGCUGCGGCCGGCAACCCUGGCUGGGCGUACAAGGACGUACUGCCGUACUUCCUAAAAUCCGAAGACAACCGGAACCCAUACCUGGCCCGGACUAAGUAUCACGCCCGYGGUGGUUACCUGACCGUGUCGGAGGCGCCGUGGCGGACACCACUGGCCACAGCGUUCGUUGCCGCUGGCGAGGAGCUGGGUUACCAGAACCGUGACAUCAACGGUGAGUACCAGAACGGGUUCAUGCUCACGCAAACCACAACGCGCCGAGGCAGCCGGUGCAGCACUGCUAAAGCUUUCCUCCGACCGAUUAGGCUACGUCCCAACAUACAUGUGUCCAUGCACAGCCAGGUGACCCGGAUACAUUUUUCCGGUGGUAACGGUGGAAGUGACAAGCUCCGGGCGACCGGUGUCACGUACCUGCGAAACGGMAAGCGGCACACGGUCACCUCCAGGAAGGAAGUGAUACUUUCGGCAGGUGCUAUCGGGUCACCGCAGCUGCUCAUGGUGUCGGGCGUCGGGCCGGCCGACCACCUGACCGAACUGGGCAUCAAGCCCGUGGUCGACUUGAAAGUGGGCCACAACCUGCAAGACCACGUGGGCCUGGGUGGGUUGACGUUUCUCAUCGACGAUCCGAUCACGUUCAAAAAGUCCCGGUUCACCUCCGCGUCCGUAGCCCUCGACUACAUAAUGAACGAACGUGGCCCGCUGACGUCCAGUGGCGUCGAGGGCCUAGCGUUCGUCAACACCAAGUACGCUGAUCCAUCUGGUGAGUUUCCGGACAUACAGUUCCAUUUCGCGCCCAGUUCCGUCAACUCGGAUGGCGAACAGAUCCGGAAGAUCACCGGGCUCCGGGACGCCGUGUACAAUACCGUGUACAAGCCGUUGGUGAACGCCGAGACGUGGACUCUACUACCACUACUGUUGCGCCCCAAAAGCUCCGGAUGGGUACGGCUUAAAUCCAAGAAUCCGMUGGCACAUCCGGUCAUCGAGCCCAAUUAUUUCGCGCACCGGGAAGACGUACAGGUGCUGGUCGACGGUAUCCGGAUAGCGUUCAACGUUUCCAACACGGCCGCGUUUCGCAAAUACAAUUCCAGGCCGUUACUGACGCCCAUGCCGGGGUGCAAGAAGUUCGAACUGUUCAGCGACGAGUACUGGGAAUGCGCACUCCGCCAUUUCACGUUCACAAUUUAUCAUCCAACCGGUACUUGCAAAAUGGGCCCGAACUCAGACCCAGACGCGGUGGUCGACCACCGGUUGCGCGUGCGCGGUAUCGACAGGCUCAGAGUGAUAGACGCCUCUAUCAUGCCGAACAUAAUCAGUGGAAACCCAAACGCACCCGUCAUCAUGAUCGGUGAAAAAGGGGCCGAUAUCAUCAAAAAAGAUUGGUCGUUAUAGUCGUCCGUCAACCGGUYGUCAUCUCAUGUGAGUUGGCGCGGCGUGGUGACAGUUCUCGCGUGUUUUCUUCUUCCUAUAAUUUUGAAAUGUGAUUUCGAUGUGUUUUAUUAUUAACAUUGUUUUUGUUGUUGUUGUCGUUGUUAUAUUGUUAUUGAUGUUGCUCAAUUUUUGUAUUUUUUUAUUUUAAUCUGUAUUAAAUACUUGGAUCCUAAUUUAUCUAUUCGAAUGGUUUAAAUGGCUGUUUAUAUAUAUUAUAUGUCAUAUAAAUACAAAUCAUAUAAUACACGUACGUAAUAUGAUAUCAAACUAAUUGUGUUAAAUAAAACUUUCGAAACGCCAUAAGAUUCAAACCGACAAAUUACUUCACUAUAGUUUUUUUGUCACGUCCUAUUAAACUAGAGUGCGCUAUUUUUAAAUGCAUUGUUCAUAAUAUUGUGAAGGUGAUUUAUGUGAAAAAACCUCCCCUAUACAAAGAAAUAGAUUUCCAACAAGCGAUUCAAAAUGUAUUUAUUAUUUAUUUGAUAAGGUAUAUAAACCUAAAAUAGUGAGAUUUUAUGUACAUAGAUUUAUUAUAAAAUGUGAAU